GUGAGUGGAUAUCUCUUGUUACCUGAAUGUCUGAAGAUCGGUGGUAAGGAUACGGUGCGGAGGACGAUAUGAACCACUUCUUGGGGAAUGACACUCACACGGACUACUUUCGGCUGGUGUUACGCGAUGGAGAGUCGUUGUUGGUGGGUGGAAGAAAUAUCGUCUACAAUCUCAGCAUCUCCGAUCUUCGGGAACAACAGCGAUUGUCCUGGUAUUCCAAUGAACCCGACGUGAAAAUGUGCGUGAUGAAAGGAAAGGACGAGGAAAACUGCCAGAACUACAUGCGUAUUAUGGCAAAAACUGCGGCGGGAGGACUGCUAGUAUGCGGCACGAAUUCGUUCAAGCCACUUUGUAGAGAUUAUGUAAUUCAUAAUGGAAAUUACACGGUUGCAAAGGAGAAACCUGGCCAAGCCGUAUGUCCGUACGACCCUCAUCAUAAUUCUACAGCGAUAUAUGUCGAUGGAGAUUUGUAUACUGGCACGGUGGCCGAUUUCAGCGGAAUGGAUCCUAUUAUCUACAGAGAACCGCUACAGACUGAACAAUACGAUUCGAUGAGUCUCAAUGCUCCAGAUUUUGUCAGUUCCAUGACGCACGGAGAUUUCGUCUACUUCUUCUUUAGAGAAACCGCCGUCGAAUAUAUUAACUGCGGGAAGGCGGUGUAUUCCCGGGUGGCCAGGGUUUGUAAGUAUGACCGUGGAGGGCCACAUCGGUUCCGGAAUCGUUGGACUUCCUUCCUUAAAUCUAGGCUUAACUGUUCCGUUACGGGGGAGUUUCCAUUUUACUUUAAUGAAAUACGUAAGUACUAUUCAGCAUUUCCGUUUCAACCAAACUUGUAAUAUUGCGCAAUACGU